AUAUAAUUUAAAAAGGUGAAAAUUGGCAACCAAAAAACUGGAAAAAGAUCAAAUUUAAAAUUGUAGAUAUCAAGUAUGGAAGCACAAAAAAGUCAGUCCGAAAAACAGCAAUCACCUGUUGCUCCAAACCCUGCCAUGGAUUCAUGUCGAAAGAAGAAGAGUGAAAGUGCCACUUUCUUGGAGGAUGUUAAGGACCACAUUGAUGAGUUCAUCCAUGCGUCAAUGGAUGAACACAAAACUUGUUUUAAGAAGACCAUCCAAAAGAUGUUUGGAAUGUCGAAAAUUGUUGCAGAGAGGAAUGCUGACACCAAUGGAGUUGAAAGCUCUCUGCCGCUUCAAACAACAGUUUCAGACUAGAGCAUUCUCACUCUUGCUACCUUGCAACAUCUUCAUAUCUUACUUUUGUAGACAAAAAACUUGUAUUUGGUGAAGAUGUUCAAAUUUUAGAUUAACAUGUUAUUAUCUUUAUCUGUGAUUACAGUUUUGUUUCUCCGAAUGAGCAAGUUUGAACAAUAAGAUUGACCUUUGUGUUGUGUAUAUAGAGGAUGAAGAGACCCCAUUUGUGAUAUAGUUAAUGUUGCAUUUGAGUUA